ACCGAAGUCUAGACGUCGUGCUGUAGCAGCAGUUGUACCAUAGCAAUGUUGGGCGGCGACGGGAGAACGAAGACGGUGUGCGUGACCGGCGCCGGGGGCUUCGUGGCGUCGUGGCUCGUCAAGCUCCUCCUCUCCCGCGGCUGCUACACCGUCCAUGGCACCGUCCGUGAUCCAGAGAUUUUGAUAUUUACGGCGUUCUGCUCUUGUUCUUGAUUGAUUGAUUGGUGCGCGUGUGCUGGCGAUUUUGUGCGAAGGCGACGCCAAGAACGCCCACCUGAUGUCUCUGGACGGCGCCGCGGAGAGGCUGCGGCUGUUCAAGGCCGACCUGCUCGACUACGGCAGCGUGGCGGCGGCCAUCGCCGGCUGCGACGACGUCUUCCAUGUGGCCUGCCCCGUGCUCCUCUCCGCCCCCAACCCAGAGGUUGAUAUACUUGCUCCUGCUGUAACGGGCACGACGAAUGUGCUGAAGGCUUGUUCAGAAGCUAAGGUUGGGAGGGUUGUGGUGGUGUCAUCUGUCUCUGCUGCGAUGGUGAAUCCUAACUGGUCUGAGGGCAAGGCCAUAGAUGAAGAUUGCUGGUCUGAUGUCGAUUACUGCAGAGCCACUAAGAAUUGGUAUACCCUUGGGAAAACACUUGCGGAGAUUGAGGCCUUUGAUUAUGCGAAGAGAAGUGGAUUGGAUCUUGUGACACUCUGCCCAUCGUUGGUGAUUGGACCUUUGCUGCAACCAACUGUGAAUGCGAGCAGUACAGUCAUACUUGGAUGUCUGAAAGGUGAUUGUGAGGUAAAAAUCAAACUGAGGAACUUUGUGGAUGUCAGGGAUGUUGCCGAUGCUCUUCUUUUACUGUAUGAAACCCCAGGGGUCUCCGGACGAUACAUCUGCAGUUCACACGCAAGAAGGAUGCCUCAUAUCAUUGACUUACUAAAGAGCUGGUAUCCCGGUUACAAAUUUGCCGACAAGUUUGUGGAAGUGAGCGAUGAGCCGCAAUUCAACUCGGGGAAGCUAGAGAAGCUAGGAUGGAAAAUCAAGCCAUUUGAGGAAACACUCAGGGACAGUGUUGAAUCUUAUAGAGCUGCAGGUGUCCUGGAUUGAGCAAAUGGUGUCCUGUGUAUAUACCAACACAAUUGAAGGAAUUACCAACACAUUGAUCGGGUUCUAGGCUUAGUUUAAUAGAUCUACUACAUAGGUGUUUGUUUUGAUCGACCUUAAUUGGAUCUGGCCUCUUUGGCAACAUCUGUAUGUAAGAGCUGCCUAUUUGGCAGCAGCUGGGAGUAGAAGAUAAAAUUAUCUUUUGGUGAUGGAUUUGCGCUGAGAAUUAUGCCAUUUAUGCCCUGAACAUGAGAGUGACUUGAUGUACC